AUGCACCAAUGUCGCCCGACUGACGCUGCUCCCUCCACUCUCACUGUCCAGUUUCGAAACCGCGUACACAUAUGGCUUGUGAACACUGACAAUUUGGUGUUGGAAGAGGUCUCGGAGCCUUCGUCGAUCAAGUAUGCCAUCCUGUCGCAUACCUGGGCAGACGAUGAGGUGACCUUUCAAGACUUCCACAACAUCGAGCGAAGUGGCGCGAGACAUAAGUCCGGGUUCUCCAAGAUUCAGAAGACCUGUGAGCUUGCGCGCCAACGAGGCCUUCACUAUGCGUGGGUGGACACUUGCUGUAUCGACAAGUCGAGCAGUGCAGAACUCAGCGAGGCUAUCAAUUCCAUGUUCUCGUGGUACAAGGAGUCCGCCGUCUGCUUUGUCUUCCUGUCGGACUUACCAGCGUCUGAGAGGGAAGUCGAAAAGGUAGAAACGACGUCCGUCUUUCCCCACACCCAAAAGACAUUCGCUGCCUGUCGAUGGUUCACUCGAGGAUGGACUUUACAAGAGCUCAUUGCUCCGAGCGAGGUAGAAUUCUUCGAUUCCCAAUGGGAGCAGUUCUCUCGGAAAGCCGAUUGCCUUGAUAAGCUGGAAGAAAUUACCGGCAUACGCCGCUCAGUUCUAGAGUCUUCCUCAAACUUACGACAGACUCCAACAGCAGUAAAGAUGUCAUGGGCAGCAUCUCGCAAAACGAAACGUGUCGAAGACCGUGCCUACUCUCUUCUCGGCAUUUUCGAUAUCAAUAUGCCAAUGAUAUAUGGCGAAGGAUCCGAGGCCUUCCGUCGCCUUCAGGAGGAGAUAUCUCGAGAGACGAACGAUCUGUCCCUGUUCGCAUGGAAGGGCCAUCCCCAGGGUUCUGUGGGAUCUCAGAUGUCCAGAGGCAUCUUUGCGAGGUCGCCAAGCGAGUUUAGCUCCUGUUCAACAAUGCAAAGGUCCGGCACGAGACAGGACUCACACAGCGAGUUCACUCUCACCAACAAAGGUGUCCGAUUUGAGACAAAGUUGUACAAGCAUACACACGGGGCGUUUGUCAUGUAUUUGGGGUUUAGAAUGCACGACACUCCCGUCUGCAUCAUUCUCACACGCACACUAGAAGGCUUCGUUCGAAGCGAACCUUGGUCGUUGACGUACAAGCCGUCCUGGAACCUAUCUAGGGCUCCCAACUUUUUCGCAAUUCACGUCCAAAAGGAUGUAAGCUUCCAGGAAGAUGCCACAGCCUCUAGACAGAGGCAUAGGUCAUUUCAUGUCAACAUAGACCUUCAGACACCCCUGAAGCUUUCAAAGCUUGAGUCGCAUCCGGAAAAUCAGUGGGACGAGUUCCACUCACCUUUCAUCUCCGGCAUCCCUGAUAAAUCUUAUGCUGUCAGGCUCAAUUUCCUAAUCCGCGAUACCAAAAGGAACUUUAAAGAAGACUUUGCUCUGACUCUUGCGUUGGGAUGGGCCAGUUCGCGUCAACAGCCCUUCGCCGUACUUUACGGUCCUGAUCGGUUGGUGGGCAGUGACAAGCAACUAACGAUCAGAAACGUCCUCCCGGAUAACUUCCCGGACCUUGUCAAAGACGAUCUCGACUGGGGUAGUUCGCAAGAAGAGGCAUUUGAGAAGGCACUUCUGAGCAUUUGCACAAACCCUCAAUUUCAGGCUACGGAGGUAGAUUUCGUCACCAGGAAGAUAACUUAUGAGCAACGUGGCGAUCGCAUGGUUACAUAUUACCACGCCACUUUCAGGGUCGAAUUAGAGACGUACCAAGAUCACGACGGCAUCAUAACCUAUCGUGCUUCUCUGUCUGGCAAGAUCUAA